AUGAAUCUGCCGAGAAUAAUGGUCUUUCGGCCAACGUGGGAGGAGUUUCAGGAUUUUAGCGCAUAUAUUGACUACAUGGAAUCGAAGGGAGCCCACAAGGCUGGUCUGGUAAAGGUUGUACCACCACCAGAAUGGGUUCCGCGAAAGCAGGGUUACGAUAUUAAAGACAUUAAUGUGAAUAUCCGCACGCCGAUCUCGCAGGUGGUUUCUGGUAUGCAAGGCAUCUACCAGCAGAUAAACAUCCAAAAACGAGCAAUGACGGUUCAGGAGUUCUAUGAGAAGACGAAGGAGGAACGACACGCUACACCGAAGCACUUUGACUACGCAGAUAUAGAGAAGAAAUUUUGGAAAAAUAUAACGUACGUGGCGCCGAUUUAUGGUGCUGACGUACCGGGAAGUAUAACCGAUCCAGACGUAAAGGUGUGGAACAUAAAUUGCCUUGGAACCAUCCUGGACUACGUGAACGCAGACUACAACAUCUCGAUUGACGGAGUAAACACAGCCUACCUGUACUUUGGCAUGUGGAAAACGACGUUUGCCUGGCAUACAGAGGACAUGGAUUUAUAUUCUAUCAAUUAUCUGCACUUUGGCGCCCCAAAGACAUGGUAUGCUAUACCGCCUGAACAUGGGCGUAAACUAGAGAAGCUUGCGGAGCGUAUCUUUGCCGCAAACUACCAGGAAUGUAAGGCUUUUUUGCGCCACAAAAUGACUCUUAUCAGCACGCAGGUGCUGAAAGCGAACGGCAUCCCGUUCAAUAAGAUUACACAGGAACCGGGUGAGAUUAUGAUUACGUUCCCGUACGGCUAUCAUGCCGGAUUCAAUCAUGGGUUUAACUGCGCCGAAUCGACAAAUUUUGCCACCCAACGAUGGAUCGAGUACGGCAAACGAGCAUCGGUAUGCAGUUGCAGGCCAGAUAUGGUGAAGAUUUCGAUGGAAACGUUUGUGCGUCGAUUCCAGCCCGAAUGUUACGAACGGUGGUUACGUGGUGAGGAUUACGGUUAUCAUCCGGAGGACCCUACGAACUACUGUGCCGCUCCAAAACCUAUGCUUCCGAAAAACUUUAAAAGCAAAUGUCCCGACACUACAGUGCCCCAGAAGCGAGGCUGUGCCCCGUUAAAAAUGGACAAAAAGAAGGUGGUAAAGAAGUCCAGUGAAAAGGCAAAAGAUAGACUGAAAUCCGUCUGGAGCAAGCUUGAGGGUCGGGAGUGCGGUGUAGCGACUGAUCUCCUCAUCGAUGGACCUGUUAAAAGUGGGUCCAAGCUUCGUUUUCAUACCCGCACGAUCGACCUUAUUAACGACAAUGCCGUCUAGUCGGUGGGCAGCACACCUGUGAGAUCCUUAAUAGUAAAUCAACACGUACGGUCUGUUCCGUGGAUCAACGAGCGGAACACGUAGCGUUAGCGUUUUGUACUGAACGAAUUCAUGUAGAUUUAUGGCCAAGGUACGUGGCAGCAGGCAACUUACAACGUUGGCCCCUUCCUAAAGUUGUAUAGCGCGUGCCGCCGCU